AUGAAGAUUGCAUCCGUCUUACUAGCAAAUCUCGCGUCAGCAAGCGAUGAUGGUAUUGAAGUUCAGACCAUUUUCACUCCGUCAGAGUGCACAAGAAAAGUCGAAAAAGGAGACUUUGUUCGCUACCAUUACAGUGGUUAUUUUGACGACGGAUCGUGGUUCGACGACUCUUUCUCUCGUGGCACCACCUACAACACUUAUGUCGGCUCUGGAUGGCUAAUUCCGGGAAUGGACAUGGCCCUCUACGGAAUGUGCAUCAAGGAGAGGCGACUUGUUCGCAUACCUCCUCAUUUAGCGUAUGGAGAUGAGGGGGUCUCCGGCAUUCCUGGAGGAAGCUAUAUUAACUUCUAUUACGAAUUACAGGACAUCAACAACCGAAAUGAUAAAGUCGAAAUCGAAGAUGUGGAGAAGGACGAAGAUUGCAAAUACGGCGCGGUGAAAGACGGUGACUUCGUGAGAUAUCAUUAUGUGGGCAUACUUCCGAACGGAAAAGAGUUUCAUUCCAGUCACGAUGAUGGGAUGACUUACAACACGUAUGUAGGAAAGGGAUGGCUGAUUAAGGGGAUGGACGAAGCACUUCUGGGAAUGUGCCCCAAUGGAAAACGAAAGGUUUCUAUUCCACCUCAUCUGGCUUACGGAGAACAAGGCGACAACAACAACAUUCCUGGGCACUCAACAAUCAAAUUCGAUGUUCAUCUGUUGGAUCGAUUUACACCUGACGACCGUCCACUGGUUACCACGACCUUCAUGCCUGAAAACUGUACAAGAAAAACUAUCACCGGCGAUUUUCUUAGGUAUCGCGGACGUGGCGAAACGAUGGAUGGGGAAAUUUUUUGGUCCACCAAAGGAGCAGAUACUUACAACACAUAUGUAGGCUAUGGAAAGGUAAUUCCUGGUAUGGACAUAGGCUUGGCUGAUAUGUGCGAAGGCGAAGAGCGUGAAAUAAUUAUUCCGCCGACUUGGGCAUAUGGGGAAAAAGGUUCGCCUUCUGGAGCAGUUCCACCUUCUGCAACCAUCAUUUUCCGCGUCAAAUUGAUCGACUUUCACAAUCCAAAAGACGAGGUCCAAAUAAUUCCUCAACAAGAUGAAACAAAAGAUUGCACUAAAGUAUCCGCUGAAGAUUUUAUCCGUGCCAGUUAUGGUGCAACGGAGGCCGAUGGGGCGAUUAUUGCGGAAACACAAGAAAUCUACACUAUUGUUCGAUCUGGAAUUUUGAUAAACGGAUUGUUCGAGGCAGUUCCAAAGCUUUGCGAAGGAGUGGACUACAAGCUCAUUAUUCCGCCACAUAUGGCAUAUGGCGAGUGGGGCAUCGAAGAUUACGUUGCUGGUAGCGUCGUCCUCCACGCUGACGUUACAAUACACGAAUCUUGGCCUCCAAUUGACGCUGCUAAAAUCGCGCUUUGUGAUGAAGAACCAAAGUUUGAAGACUGUUCUAAAGAAGGUACAAUGUCACAAGACGAGUUCGAGACCUGCCUUGAAAGAUGCGCGAGAAUUCAGGGUCAGCCCAUCAAAACACGUGAAUGGGCACUCAAUAAUCAGUUCAACAGAUUAGAUCGUGACGAAUCUGGUGCUUUGACGAGGGAGGAGUUCCAAUUCACUAUCAAAGAUCAUGAUGAGCUUUGA